CUAAGGAACCACCCAACUACGUCAUCCAUGAUCUACCCCAUCUCUCUCUCUUUCUCUUUCUCUUUCUCUCUCUCAAACAGACUCUCAUCAAUUUCCCUACUCUCUAGAAAGGAAAAGAUUAGAAAGAAAACCCAAUAACCAAAACUUUUUUUUUUCUUUAAUUUUUUUCUCUCUCUCUCUCUCUCUCUGUAAAAGGAUUUGGGCAUAAUAUCGAGCGACGAAGCUUUAAUUCUUCGAUCGCUCUCUCUGAUUAUCUCUCUCUCUCUCUCUCUCGCUGGAAUUCCUGAAGAUGCGUCGCUCUGCAUCGAGGAAAACGGGUCAACCAAAUUCAACUCCCUCCCUCAAUUCUUCCCCCGCCGAUCUCUUCCGCUCUGCGUCGAGUAAAGCCACUACGAAAGAGCUGGAACGAAUCGACGCCUUAUACUAUUCGUAUGCAAAUGGGUCUUCUGCUAUGAUUGACCCAGAGGGAAUCGAAGCUCUUUGUUCAGACAUGGAAGUAGAUCAUACUGAUGUGAGGAUCUUGAUGCUUGCUUGGAAAAUGAAAGCUGAAAAGCAGGGAUAUUUUAGCCUGGAAGAGUGGCGAAGAGGCCUUAAAGCACUCAGGGCUGACACUGUAAACAAAUUAAAGAAGGCACUCCCGGAGCUAGAGAAAGAGGUCAAGAGGCCAACGAACUUUGUGGAUUUCUAUUCCUAUGCAUUCCGGUAUUGUUUAACAGAGGAGAAACAAAAAAGCAUAGAUAUAGAGAGCAUAUGCGAAUUGUUGGAUCUCGUUUUAGGUUCCCAAUUCCGGGAGCAGGUUGACUUUUUUGUUGAGUAUUUAAAGACUCAGAAUGAUUACAAGGUCAUAAACAAUGAUCAGUGGAUGGGCUUCUACCGGUUUUGCAAUGAGAUAAGUUUUCCGGACUUUAGUAAUUAUGAUCCUGAACUUGCCUGGCCCUUGAUCCUGGACAAUUUCGUUGAAUGGAUGCUAGCAAAGCAGAGCUAGUCGAUAUCAUUUGGUCAGCUUGAUUUUCUGCUGGAAACCACAGUCGUGAAAGUAGGUGGACUUGAAAUAUGUCUACCCAAUUGCUUAUUCAUUACGACUUCAAAGUGUUUCACUCUUUUUGAUUAAGUUCAUUAUUAGUUCUCUGUUUGCAGGACCAUUCAGACUACACACCUGAAAUGCCUCCCCCCUUUUUUUUUUUUUUUUUAACAUGUUAUUUCUCCAUUUUCUUUUAAACAUGAAAGUCAUGCUCAAGGUCCUCAUCCUCAAAAGCUAACUGUUUGUGUUGUGGAUAAUGCUUGAGAAAGUCUUGAUGUAUGUAAUGUUCAUUUUCGUGCAACCAUUAAUAAUAUUAUACUAUUGAUACUAUCCAA